AUGAAGUCGGCUCCAAAGAUUGCCAUUGUCGGCGCCGGACCUGUCGGGUCUUUGGCAGCUCUGUAUGCUGCGCAAAGAGGCUUCGAGGUAGAGCUGUACGAGCUGAGACCAGACUACGACGCGAAGGGAAGGGCCAUCUAUGCCAUUGAUCGUGCUGGUCUGAAUGAGCGACUGUUGGACAUCCUUGAUUCUAUGCCAAAUGUCAAGCUACUGUUCAACCACAAGCUCACAGGCGCCGACUUCUGCACACAAAAGGCAUGGUUCGAGAGGAAGGAUUGCAUAUCGCCGGACAGCGGCAGGCCGCAAGAGAUUGAGAUCAGCUUUGACUUGAUGAUUGGCGCCGAUGGUGCUCAUUCCGCCGUGCGUUAUCACUUGAUGAAGUUUUCGCGCAUGGAUUACCAACAAGAAUACAUCGACACUCUGUGGUGCGAAUUCUAUCUACCGCCGAGGAAGCUAUCUGAAGGCGAGUAUCGUGAAACUGCAUUUCGCAUUUCACCCAACCAUCUUCAUAUCUGGCCGGGCCAGGAUUUCAUGUUCAUCGCCAUCCCGAGCGAGGUGUCACCGAUCUUAUACCCGCGGCUGACCUGA